GUUUCGGACCAGCUGGUGGAGAUCAACGGGGACAGCACGGCGGGGAUGACCCACAGCCAGGCGGUGGAGCAGAUCCGGAGGGGGGGGCACCAAAUCCACCUCGUCCUCAAGACCGGAAACGGAUACGUCCCCGACUACGUGGAGUUGUCCAGCCUGUCUCUCUGUAUGACCAACUCCAAACAGGGCGAACCCUGCUUCUACGUGAUCGGACGCACUGAAAACUCGCGGUUGGUAACGUUCUCUUCUCCUCUAACACUCCUUUCAUUUCCUUUCCCUUCUCACUCUCAUCCCUCCAUCUUUGUUUC